CGUUGCUGUUAACAUUUGUCGGCGAAGGGCUCUAAAGUGAAGCGAGAAAAUUUUUGUAGAGGAAUUUUUCAAUGUAAAAAUAAUAGAAAAGAAAACAAAUUGUUCAAGAAAAAAAAAAAGAAAUCAGAAAGUGUGAAAUUACUUUAAAAUAAAUUUAAAAUAAUAAAGUUAUUUAAUAAUGUAUAAUUAUUAGUGUAACGUUAAGUUUCGUGUUUUUUAUUGUUACUGCAAUUUUAUACGUAGUGCGUGGCCCCCGGAAUCGAUUUUCACUUGAAGCAUGGAUACAUAGAUUUGUGCCAGAAAUUUUUUUUGCUAAAGGGCCUUUCCAAAAAACCCCUGUUGGUUUAUUCAAAUGUUUUAUGCUUAAGCUACAUAAAGUAAUUAAUUCUAAUAGAAAAUUAACUAUAAGUGUAAUAAAAAGAAAAGGAUAUAGAAAAAAUUCCAAUUUGGAGUUUUUCUUUAUAUAUUUUACAUUUUUCAAGUGUCAAUUGUUUUGAACAAGAAGAAGCAUCUUGUAUAUGAGUGAUAGUGUUUGUGUGUACGAACGAUCGCAAAAAAAGCAAAAAAAAAAAAAAGAUAAACCUUGCGCAACAUACACAUUCUUAUUCUAAUGAGAAAAGAAGAAAAUAAUAAAUAAAAAGUUAAAUAAAUAGUUAAAAUUGUAUCUAUAGUAAUUGACAUAAAGCCUCGUUUCGUGAUAUGCAACAUCAGCAUCCACGUACAUUGGAAGCUUCGGCUGCUGCUCAUACAUCUGGUGGUGCUUCGUAUGAUGGUAAAAUUGCAGGCCUCUAUGAUCUCGAAGAGACACUGGGUUCGGGCCAUUUUGCAGUGGUCAAAUUGGCAAGACAUGUUUUCACGGGCGCCAAAGUUGCCGUUAAGGUAGUGGACAAGACAAAGCUAGACGAAGUAUCCAAGGCUCAUUUAUUCCAGGAAGUAAGAUGCAUGAAAUUAGUGCAACAUCCUCAUGUUGUACGUUUGUACGAAGUGAUUGAUACACAAACUAAAUUAUAUUUAGUUUUGGAACUGGGUGAUGGCGGUGAUCUUUACGAUUAUAUUAUGAAACAUGAUGGCGGUCUUAGUGAACAUUUGGCCCGUAAAUAUUUUCGACAAAUAUUACGUGCCAUCACAUACUGUCAUCAAUUACAUGUUGUACACAGAGAUCUCAAACCUGAAAAUGUGGUAUUUUUUGAAAAACUGGGCGUUGUUAAGCUGACAGAUUUUGGUUUUAGUAACAAAUUUUCGCCCGGCCAAAAAUUAGAAACAUUUUGUGGUAGUUUGGCUUAUUCAGCUCCUGAAAUUUUAUUGGGCGAUUCUUAUGAUGCUCCGGCUGUUGACAUUUGGUCUUUAGGCGUUAUUCUCUACAUGUUAGUUUGUGGCCAGCCUCCUUUUGAAAAGGCAAAUGAUUCGGAAACUUUAACAAUGAUUAUGGAUUGUAAAUAUUCUGUACCACCCCAAAUAUCACCCACAUGCCGCAAAUUAAUCGCCUCUAUGCUAGUAAGAGAUCCUAAAAAACGUGCUACUCUAGAGCAAAUAGCCUCAGACGAUUGGGUUAAAGAAAAUCCCGAAGGUGAUAAUGUCGACUAUUUGCCACUUAUCAGUCGUGAGCAAUUGAGUGAAGAAGAUCAUGCCUUUAUAAUACAAAAAAUGAUAAAUGGCAAUAUAGCCCCCAAAGAAGAUAUUUUGCAAGCCUUAGAUAAGGAUAAAUAUAAUCAUAUAACAGCCACCUAUUUUCUCUUGGCUGAGAUGCGUUUACGUAAACGCAGAGAAGAACAACAUUUGAAACAAAAUCCCCAUUUAGCUUUAGGAAAAAAAAAUGUUAUUGGUGGUGUGGGGCGUGCUCAAGUGCCGGAUAAAAAAGCUAAACCUUUAGAGGGUGGCAAGCAAAUGGUGGUGCCCAUUAAUAUUGUAUGUGCACCAGAGCCAAUACAAAAUGAAAUUAAAACGGACAAACGCACAAGAAAAUGUAGUAUUGUGCGUGAAGAGGAUGAGGAGGAGUCAUCACAUGAACUCUCCUGUGAUGGUAAUGAAUUGAAAGUUGCCAUUACCAGACGAGAAUCCAUAUCGGAUGGGCGUUUAAAUCGUUCAGUACAAGAAAAGUGUUCAAAUGUUGUGACAGCAGUUGGCACCGGCAACAAGGGUGGCGGUGAUAUGGACACAGACGCUGAUAUGGACACACAAACAAAAAUGGUUGUAUCUGUUGACGCUGCGCUGGCGCAGAAACUUAAACAAAUUGAAAAGGAUACAACCAAUGAGGAUAGAGAAGCACAACUUCCAUGCGAAGCUUUGGACAAGUCACUUGAAAUGCAAGACACAUUGCGCGGCCUAAAAGAACUGGAAAUUGGAAAACUAAAACAUUUGCCGGGUAAAAACCCUGUACUAACACACAGACGCCACACAAAAUUAAAUAAAAUACGUACGCCUUCUUGUAGCAGUUCAGAAGCUUCUGAUGAUGACACAAAAAGUCGUAGUAAAAAAAAGAUGCACAAACUAGUGGGUGAUACACCUACACGAUUUCGUAUGCAUCGUCGCGAUUCACAUGAUGACUCUAGUGAUUCCCAGGAUCAGGGUUUCCCCACAGCUGGACAUCAUGGUGGUCAUGAUUUGAUAGCAACCUCUAAUGUGAGCAACAAAAAAGAGGGACAAAAUCAGCAGAAUAAAUCUGAAUCAGAUACGCGCAAUAAAUCUUCUCAUACUCAUCAUUCACAUCAGCAUCAACAUUCUUCUCACAAGCAUAAAUAUAAACAACAACAAGCACAUCAAACUAAAGAUAGUCUGGAAAAGCACAAUUCUUUGGCAGAAAAGAAACAACAACAGAAUGUUCGACGGAGACGAAUACGUGAAAGUCAAUCAUUAGAUCGCAUAACAGAGGCUCAAGAGUAUGAGAUGAGACAUCAACACCAUCAUCAUCGUCUCUCCUAUUCGGAAACAGAACGUUACACUUAUGAACAGCGUAAUUCUCUCUUCAAUUUGCACACAUUUCCCGAAACUAAGGAAGAGGAGUGUGAUGAUUAUGACAAUGGUGGUGAAAAUAAUUCAGAUUUUGCCAAUCAGGCGGAGCAAUUAAGAAAUUCAUUAAAUACCCUUAAAAUUCAUGGUGGCAGUAGUGGUGUGUGUAGCGUUGGGAGUGGCGGUGAUGACAGUACAACAAAUUCAAAUACAAGUAGUUUAAAAUCCUCCCAUACCCAUAGCUCGGCAAGCAGCAUUUAUAAAUUAAAUUCCAUAGAAGAAAUCGAUUUGAUUCUCAAAGAGAAGAGUUUAACUAAAACCAUACAGGCCACUAGCUCAAAGUGUUUUGUAACUAUACGAAAAAUACGUAAAUUAGGCAAGUAUUUUCCGGUAGUAAAUUUUUCGUAAUAAAACCAAAUUCAACAAAAAAUAAAAAUAUUCUAAAUCAAACAACAAUCCAUGGAGGAAAUGUUAUUAAACAAGACGCAGUAUUUGUUUAAGGAAAAAACACACACACACACCCACAGACAAUGUUGUUCAGUUUAGUUUAAAUAACAUAUUUAUAACAAAACUAAAAAUAAUUGUGGUAAACUAAAAACAAAA